GGCCCGCCAGCGCCACCCGCCGGCCGCGGGGCCGCACCGCGCCUCCCCCCGUCCCCCCCUGCUCCGGCUCUCAAUGUUCCACACUGCCCGGCCACAGAGCCGCCGCCGCCGCCGUAUAGCCCCCCGGCCGCCUCCGUCCCCUCCUCGGGCGCCGCGGGCCCGGCCCGGCCCCCCGCCAUCCCGCCUCUCCGACCCAGCAGCGGGACAGGACGCCGGCGAAGUUCCCCACGAUGUCCAGUGAUAGGCAGAGGUCAGACGAUGAAAGUCCAAGUACCAGCAGCGGUAGUUCAGAUGCCGAUCAGAGGGAUCCACCUGCACCUGAACCAGAAGAGCAAGAAGAACGAAAACCCUCUGCCACUCAGCAGAAGAAGAACACCAAACUAUCCAGCAAAACUACUGCUAAGCUAUCUACUAGUGCAAAAAGAAUCCAGAAGGAGCUAGCUGAAAUAACCCUUGAUCCUCCUCCUAACUGCAGUGCUGGUCCUAAAGGGGAUAACAUUUACGAAUGGAGAUCUACUAUACUUGGACCUCCAGGUUCUGUAUAUGAAGGAGGUGUUUUUUUCCUGGAUAUCACGUUUUCAUCUGACUAUCCAUUCAAGCCACCAAAGGUUACUUUCCGUACCAGAAUUUAUCACUGCAACAUCAACAGUCAGGGAGUCAUCUGUCUGGAUAUCCUGAAAGACAACUGGAGCCCUGCUUUGACUAUUUCAAAGGUUCUGCUGUCUAUUUGUUCUCUUCUGACAGACUGCAACCCAGCUGACCCUCUGGUUGGAAGCAUAGCCACUCAGUACCUGACCAACAGAGCAGAACAUGACAGGAUAGCCAGACAGUGGACCAAGAGAUAUGCAACAUAAAUGACAAACUACUUGUGCAGUGUGAAGGUGCAGAAGGCAACUUUGCAGUGUGCAACAAAUCUUUAUAGCCUUUACAAUACGGACUUCUGUGUAUAUGUUAUACUGAUUCUACUCUGCUUUUAUCCUUUUGAAGACUGGGAUACUGCCCCCCAAAAAGGUAAAUGCUAUCAAGAGUAGAAAUUUGUAGCUGUAGAUUAGUUAUGUUUAAAAUGCCUACUUGCAAGUCUUGCUUCUUUGGGAUAUCAAAAUGUAUUUUGUGAUGUACUAAGGAUACUGUUCCUGAAGUCAACCAAAUAUUAUAGUGCAUUUUAGCCUAAUUCAUUAUCUGUAUGAAGUUAUUAAAGGUAGCUGUAGAUUACUAGGAAUUAUGUCAUUUGUAUUAAACCCAGAUCUAUUUCCAAUAUGUGGUACAUGCUGUUGUGAAAACUGUUUUAACUUUUACCUUUGUCAGUUUGUAAUGAAAGGAUUUCCUUUUUCCCUUUGUAGCUCAGAGAGCACCCAGUGUAUCAUCUCAAACACAAUAAACAUGUUCCCCAAGGAGUAGUUUCUUUGUUUUCCUAUUUUAAAUUAAUAUUUGAAUAAAUUUAAUUAUAGUAACAAGGCAGGGCCAAUGUAUCACAGAUCCCUGUGGAUAACCUUUAAAUUAAUAUACAUAAGCAAAGGCUUGCUAUUAAAUGUUUAAUGCACACCUGUGGAUUGUUUAAGUUUUCCCUGUUUUGUUUUUAACAGAACAAAUGUCAUUUCUACAGUUUCCUUAAAUUUAAUACUGUUCGGCUCUUUCUCAAGUCGGAAUGAGAGCAUUGCACAUGCUUGCUCCAGAAGUUAAUGUAGCUGGUUGCUUCAGGGCUGGUCCUGCUUUCAUAACAGACUGCCUGAAUCUUGCUACAAAAAUUUUUUUUGCAGGACAAGGGCCAAGUUAGAGAUAGUCUGGUGCUUUUGUUUCUAAGUAAAGCAAGUUGGACUUGCUGAUCUAGAGAACUACAGUUAUCCAUUGAAAAUGGUCUUCCAAAGCAUGAUUGAACACUGUAUCAUCUGUCCAGAAAAGAGAGGAGUAGAAUAAAUCUAAUCAGAUUUUUAUGACAUAAAAACAGUUGUGGGGGAGAUGAACCUUUGUUAGUGAAUAAUAAAUCUGUAAAACUUUUAGACUAUGUUUCCCCUCCUUCACUUUCUGGCUUGGAAAUUUUGUAACAUCUGUAAGUAACAAAGAUACAGCUUUAUAGUACAUACAGUUUAAAAAGUAGAGUCACUAAUAGUUUUAUAAUUUAAGCUUUUAUAGGUUGCCAGUCACAAUAUUGAUUAUAAAAAAAAAAAAAAAGAGACUUGAACCCUUUAAAUGAUUUUUAAAAAUACACUUAAUUUUAAACUUUACAGUCCCCCUUACUACCUGGUGUUUUUGGAGAUAAUGUAGCACUUCCAUCAGUAAGAUGCUCAUUUAAUAUAUGAAAACUGAAUGUUGUUUAAAUAUUAAAGCAAUA